CAUUAUGACGGCGCUUAAGAGUUGUGCCGUAAAGCUGCCCUGCACGUCAACUUUUACGACAACGCAGGACGUCAUCAGGUAGCGAUUGUGUCGAAAAUAAAUGUGUAGCUUUGUCUGGCAAAUUCAUAAAGACUUUGAGCUGAUCUCACUUUUAUAUAGCCGCGAUUUCCAUUUUUAUGAAAGGUAAUUGACAAAUGCGGCUGGUAAAUAUCAGUCGGAGAUAUGUCAACUGGAUGUAAACAAACUGGUGCGAACUCGAACUAGACUGUAUUGCUAACGGGAGAACAGGCUUCCAAUGUACACUCGGCAUCUUUAAGGAGGCCUAGAAAACAUCAAACUACAGCCAAGGCUGUGUGUGUAGUCGCUUUUCGCUUUAUGCAGCAAUUUCUGCAUUAAGUGAUCAUGUCAGCGCAGAAAGACUGCGAGUUUUUGGUGAAAAGAGCCCGCGAGCUUGUAUCGGAUGAUCCGUGUGCGGCCAAAGCCUGGCUCAUCACAGCCAGAACUCUUUACCCAUCAGACUUCAACAUACAGUAUGAAAUGUACACAAUUGAACGAAAUGCCGAGAGGACAGCGUCAGCGGGAAGACUGCUGUAUGACAUGUUUAUAAAUUUCCCGGAUCAGCCUAUCGUUUGGCGUGAGAUCAGUGUCAUCACAGCAGCCCUUCGCAGUGACUCUCAAGACAAACAAGCACAGUUUCUACGAGGACUUUUUGAGACGCUGCCUGGUCGCGUUCAGUGUGAGAUGCUGCUGAAGGCCACAGAACAGUGCUUCAACACUUUGGAGAAGGCAGAAAUGCUGCUUCUCCUGCUGAAGCGCUUUCCAGAGUCUGUGGUUCAACACGGGGUUAAUUUAGGGGAGACAUUACUGGAAGCAGAGGUAUCAGAGAAUGUGGAAACUCCCGUCAACUGCUUCAGAAAGCUUUUUGUUUGUGAUGUCCUUCCUUUGGUCAUAAACAACAUGGACAUGCGCCUGCCGGCCAGCCUCAUGCAGAAAUACAUGCUGAAAGCAGCUGAGUUCUACAUUGGCUACGUUACCCGAGGACCCUCAGCUGAUGCACAGAUCCAAGGCACUCAAGAAGCUCUGAAGUCACCCAGUGUUCCUCGCACAUCUCAGCGUUACGUGAUCGAUGGCCUGUCAGAGAAAUCGUCGCUGGUAGCAGAGCCCUGGGAGAGGCUGCUGGACAUCCUGGCUGUGGUUGGAGCUCGCUGCGAGUGGCAGGGAGACAAGGGACAGAGGAGUUAUGUGGACAUGCUGCAGAGAGUUAAAGAGCUGUGUCGGUACUUGCCUGGUCUGGAAGGAGACACGAGGGCCCGCUGCUGCAGUCAGGUCGUCAUCUGUGCAGCACUGGUCCUCUUCCGCAGCGCCUUCCUCUAUAUCUCUGCUGUGCAGCCCGCACUGUUCCAAGGGGUGAAUGCUCUGAGCUCCGGUCCAUGGAUACUUGUAGAGGAUCUGAGCUCGGUGUACAGUGAAGUGGAGCUGGAGAGAGGAGUGGUAAAACAUGCUCACAAGAAACGCAAACUGCCCGACGGGAGAGAGAAAACUAUGAGCUCAGAUGACGAGGAGGGUUCAGGGAAAGGACGCGGGCGACAUAUUUUAUUGAACAAGACUGAGAUGCCCGGCUGGGCUGAGACUCUGGAGAGCUUCCGCACUGCGAGAGAAAGCUGGGACCUCCUGCAUUCCCACGACGGUCUGGAAAGUGAGUUUAAGAAGAUUUGUGCUGCGUGGAAGACAGACAGCUGGCUGUGGUUCAGAAUAUUCCUCACAGACAUGAUCAUUUACCAGGGUCAGUACCGUAAAGCCCUGUCCAGCCUGCACCAGAUGGCUGCAGUGCAGCAGCCUCAGCCCGGGCAGCAGAGCCCCUCAGGCCAGGUCACACUGGAGCACCACCGAGCCCUCAUUCAGCAGGCGUCCUGCCACUACGCUCUGGGAGAGUACAAGCGGGCCUGUGAAAAGCUGCUCGACGUUGUCGGUGCACUGAUGCCACCAAACCAAGAACAAACUAAAGCUUCCGAGGACCAAGGGAGAGUGAAGACCAAAACUAGGAAAGGUAACGACCUGAGACUGCUGCCCUGCACCUGCAAAGCCGUGCUACCGUUCUGUCUCCAGCUCAUGCUAGCGUGCUUCAAGCUUCGUGCUUUCACAGAUAACCGGGACGACCUGUCCCUCGGUCACGUCGUCGUCCUUUUGCAGCACGACUGGCCGCAGGGCGAGCUGCUGUUUCUCAAGGCAAUAGAUAAAAUCUGCCAGCAAGGAAGUUUCCAAUAUGAGAAUUUCUUCAACUAUGUCACGAACAUCGACAUGCUGGAGGAAUUUGCAUACCUGCGCACUCCAGAAGGAGGAAGGAUUCAGCUGGAGCUCCUCCCCAAUCAGGGAAUGCUGAUUAAGAACCCUAGUCCCGCCCUGGGGGUGGAGUUAAAUACCCUACUGCUACAAGGGGUGCAGACCAUGGAAAGGCACCACACUGUGACCCGAGGGAUCACCAAAGGAGUGAAGGAGGAUUUCCGUCUGGCCAUGGAGAGGCAGGUUUCGCGCUGUGGAGAGAACUUGCUCAGUGUGCUUCACCGUUUCUGCAUUAAUGAGAAAAUAAUCAUCAUCCAGUCCCUUCCUUGACUCUGGCUCUGCGGGUGACGAUAGAAGCAGUUUUAGCGACGUUUGACUGACUUUAUGAUUCCACAGGAGACAUUUCAGCUCUUGGGAUUCAUCAUGCAAAAACUGAACUCUAAAGAAAAGAAUUAACUUGUGUGUUCUCUGUUCCUUGCCUUAGAAGUGGACCUCGCUUUCACAGAUGUACGGUUUUCGUGUCUGUUUUCAUUAUUAGUGUUGAGGCGUUAAUACCCACAAGGCGUCCUGUUGUUCGGCUUGGUGAGUGUCAGUACUGAUAAAAGAAUCAAGAGGACUUUUGCUACUGUUCGGGAAACUUUAUUUUUUUAUAACGUCGUUGAUCUUUUUGUCAGUUUAUAACGUCAAAUAAAUGUGAUCUGAUGUUUGAA